AAAAUAAAAAGGAAGCAACUAUGGGCAAGAAAAGAAAGGCUGGUGGCCGCCCUGCGGCACAGGCUCCUCAAACUAAAACCAAAUUUGAUAUUGAGGAGAGGUUUGAUGAUUCGGAGGAUGAGUUUCAAACUGGACGCGAUCAUAUCCUACUGGACGAAGAGCCAGAUGCAAAGAGACGACGGAGGGUUGCAGAAGAAGAGGAAAUGAUUCAGCCGUCCGAUGAAGAGGUAAUGGGCUAUGAGUCUGUGGAUGAAGACGAUCUGGAUGACGAGGAGGACUAUGAUGAAAACGAUGAGGAGGAGAUGGGUGAUGUUCCAAAGUCAAAAAACUUGCGCCGUGGCGACAGUCCUGUUUCCGAUGACCCUGAAGACGAAGAAGGCAUUGGCGCUUGGGGGUCCUCGAAGAAAGAUUUCUACAAUGCAGACCAAAUCGAGACCGAGGCCGAUGCAUUUGAGGAGGAGGCAGAAGCCAAGAGACUCCAGAAAAAGCACCUCCAAGCGAUGAACGAAGCAGACUUUGGCUUUGAUGAAACCGAAUGGGCUGAAUCCGGCAAAGAACAAAAAGACUCGCAAGAGGAUACUGGUGUAGUGACCGAAGUUUUGCCACAAGUGGAGAUUACAGAGGACAUGAGCGCAGAUGAAAAGUUGAAAAUACUCAAGUCGAGAUACCCCGAGUUCGAGCCAUUGUCGAAAGAUUUUGUCGACCUUCAAUCCACGUACCAUGAACUGGAGCAAGCCGCUAAAACUGCAGAGGCGAAAAAUUCUACAGAAGAAGAUUCGGACUCGGCACCCAGCGCUGUCAUCAAAUUUCGCGCACUGUCGACUUACCUUGGUGCGAUCAGCAUGUAUUUCAUGAUCCUGACGUCUGCCGAGGAUGCAGCGGGAAAACCUGCUCCCUUAUCACCAGCAGAGCUACGAGGACAUCCAGUCAUGGGAUCUUUGGUGAAAUUCAGAAAGCUGUGGGAGACCGUCAAGGACCUCCACAUACCCGAUGUUUCGAAGACGGAACCUGCGAAGACGACUUUGACCGAUACUCAAACCAACGGCACUGCGCCAUCCAAGUCAAAGAAACCCGCCAAGAAGACUAAGGAGAUCCAAGAACCCAAGCAAAAGAAGAUGUCCAAAGCACAGCGUGCCGCAGAAGAAGCACAGACAGAGGCAGAAGCCCGCAGGGCAGAGAAAAUGCGCGAGAACGAAGCUAGCCUGGCGGAUCUUUCAAACCUGGUUUCGGAGCCAAGCAAGAAGCGGAAAGCACAGAAAACAAAGGCAGUGCCUAAGGAUGAUGACUCUGACUUUGGCGACGAAGAUGCUCUUACUGCUAAGGAAGCGGAGGAGAAGGCGAAGCAAAAACGGUCUCUCCGAUUUUACACUUCUCAAAUUGCUCAGAAGGCGAACAAGCGCAGUGCUGCAGGCCGGGAUGCUGGUGGUGAUGCAGACUUACCGUAUCGCGAGCGUUUGAAGGAUCGCCAGGCUCGACUGAAUGCCGAGGCUGAGAAGCGUGGUAAACAGAAGCCCGGGAAAUCUGAAGAGUUGGGCGGAGACAGUGAUGACGAGGACUACCGGGUCGCCGAUCAGCUCAGAGGUGGUGACAAAUCAGGAACCGACGAUGACGAGUAUUAUGACAUGGUUGCAGCACGCUCGAAGCAACGCAAAGAUGAUAAGAAAGCACGUGCAGACGCCUACGCAGCCGCAGCCCGUGAAGGUGGACAUGUGGAGGUUCAAGAAGAAGUCGGACCGGACGGCAAACGAGCCAUUACCUACCAAAUCGAGAAGAACAAGGGUCUUGCGCCCAAGCGGAGCAAGGACUCUCGGAACCCUCGUGUUAAGAAGAGGAAGAGGUUCGAGGAGAAGAAGAAGAAGUUGGGCAGUGUUCGUCAACUUUACAAGGGUGGUGAAGGUAAGGGUGGAUAUGGUGGUGAGCUUACUGGUAUCAAGAAGAACCUGGUUAAAAGUGUCAAGCUUUGAACGAACGUUUGAAAAUACCUUGGAUAGAUGUAUUUGGGCGUUCGAUGCGUGCUAUAAAAUGGGCUUUUCUGUGUACAUAUAUAAUUUAUUUAAAGCUACAAAUCUUGAUCAAAUCCGCAAAACCGUACGUCUGUCCACUUUAAGCAACCUGCCUUGCAGCGUUUUGAACUCAUCAGCAUCAACUCAAGACAUUGAAAAGCAGAAUACUGAGCCGCUAUCACGAAGAGCAUUCAGAAAUAUGGCGGUAUAGUGCCGAUCUGCCCGACUUGUCGAAAAGGCUCUCGAGCAAGUCUCUAGGAUUUCCAGAGCUGCCAUGACCUGACAGACCAAGGCUCAAGAACCCUCUUGCCAAAGCAUCCGCUUCUUCAAGUGCUUGCGUUUCCUCCAAUGACAAUGUGGCGCAAGCAGCUAUCAG